GAGAGAAUCACGACCCCGUUCAUGACCAAGUACGAGAGAGCCCGGAUUCUCGGCACCAGAGCGCUCCAGAUCUCUAUGAACGCUCCAGUGUUGGUUGACAUUGAGGGUGAGACCGACCCUCUCCAGAUCGCCAUGAAGGAGCUUUCUGCCAAAAAGAUCCCUUUGGUUGUUAGAAGAUACCUCCCCGACGGCUCGUACGAGGACUGGAGUGUGGAGGAGUUGAUCAUC